GGAGUAGUAAGCAUCAACAUGGCACCAUCACAAUGAUUCAGAGUUUACAGAUCACUUAUCAAUGAAUGCAUCUCCAACACCACUCCACUUAUCUUCCCAACAUCAAGAAUCAAGAAUCAAGAAUCCUUCCUCUCUCUCUCUCACUCACACACACACACAAGUUGACAACAAAUACUUUUCUUCUUUUACAGUUGGUAGUCAUAGCACCUGAAUAACAUCGCCGGUCGGGUAAAUUUACUAGACAUCUAUAACAUCACCAUCUUCCUUCGCACCACCUGUUUUGGUGUUGUCUCCUACAAUAUCUUCUUCUACCCUUCAACCCCUUUUCACCCUUCGUCUCAUCUUCCUCUUUCUCCCUACAUAAUACUAUUACAACAACGAACCCCUUUUCUUUUCUUCACAUCUUCUUCUAGUUUUCAUCCAAGCAGAAAGUAUGAAGUACCAGCCAAGUUUCUGUUUUACAGAGUAUUCAAGAUUUGUAUGUCAGCUUAUUGAAUGUCCGAAUGAAACAAGUUCAAAUGGUCCCAAAGGAGUAGCAUUUGUUGUUGUGUCAAUUGUCUUUAUUUACAUUUUUAGUGGAUAAUCGUGGUUCAUAAUCUCAACAACUUACAUUUUAAUCACCUGAAUAUUAGUUAACAAGUUUUACUUAUAGUUUUCAUGGAUUCUGCUCCAUUACUUUCUGUCCUUAACGAGGAUCUUCUUAUCAGAAUUCUGUCUUUUAUUUCCCAUGAUCCCGACCGCAAAGCUUUCCGUUUAGUAUGUAAAACAUUUCUUCGAGUUGACUCGUUCCACCGUACCCAUCUUCGGAUUCUUCGUCCUGAGUUCAUCAAUACUCUUCUCUCAAAAUUCCCACGUAUUUACUCUCUUGACCUCUCCGCCUGCCCGCAAAUUGACGACGGAGCUGUUGCCAUGCUGGUGGGUAAUGGGUUGCUGCCAGAUUGGUGUAGGAGGUUGAAGAGGCUGGUUCUGAGUCGAAGUACUGGGUUGAAAUCAGCGGGGUUGGAGAUGUUGAUCAGGUCUUGUCCUCUUUUGGAGGCUAUUGAUGUGUCUUAUUGUUGGAGUUUUGGUGAUAGAGAAGCUGCAGCUUUAUCUUUUGGUGGGUCUUUAAGGGAUGUAAAGAUGGAUAGGUGUUUGGGUCUUACUGAUGUUGGUUUGGCCAAAAUAGCAAUUGGCUGUCAAUGCUUAGAGAAACUUUGCUUGAAAUGGUGUAUUGAAAUUACUGAUCUUGGGAUUGAUCUUUUGUCCAAGAAAUGUAGAGAACUGAAGGAGCUCGACAUUUCCUACUUAAAAGUUACUAGUAUGUCGCUGCGUUCUGUAAGCAGUAUGGAGAAGUUGGAGCAUUUGGCUAUGGUUGGGUGCGGCAUUGUGGACGAUGAAGGACUGCAUUAUCUUGGAAAAGGGUGUCCUUCUCUUCAGGCGCUGGAUGUAUCAAGGUGUGACAGACUAAGCUCAUCUGCCUUAGCUUUCCUGAUUAAUGGACAUCCUUCGAUGCUACAGAUAUACGCUAGUCACUGUUUCCAUGAGUUUCCUACUAAAGUCGUCCAAGGGCUGAAGGACCUAAAGAAUCUGAAAACACUCAUACUUGAUGGAGCACCAGUUUCUGAAUCAUUAUUCAAGAUCAUUAAUUUCAAUUGCAAGUAUUUGAUUGAAAUAGGGCUUGGAAAAUGCAAAGGAGUAACUGACAAGGGCAUUUUCCAGCUGGUAUCAGGGGGUGUUAAUUUAAAUAUCUUGAAUCUCACAUGCUGCAGCGAACUUACAGAUGAUGCAAUAUCAGCUAUAGCAGAUUCUUGCCGGAGUGUUUUGUGCCUCAAGUUGGAGUGCUGCAACUCAGUCACAGAGAAGAGCCUAUAUCUCCUGGGAUUACACUGUUCCUUCCUCGAGGAACUUGAUCUUACUGAUUGUUUUGGAGUCAAUGAUAAAGGACUUUAUUACCUGUCUAAAUGUACAAAGCUUGUAUGUCUAAAGUUGGGAUUAUGUGCUAACAUAACCGACAAGGGGCUGUACUAUGUUGCUAGAAAUUGCAGCGAGAUUCGUGAACUUGAUCUAUACAGGUGCAAAGGAAUUGGUGAUGAUGGACUCUAUGCUGUAUCAAGUGGUUGCAAAAGAUUGCAGAAGUUGAACUUGUCUUAUUGCAGCGAGAUCACUGAUAGAGGAAUUGAGUGUCUUGGCCAUCUACCAGAGCUCUCUGACCUUGAGAUGCGGAGUCUUUUAAAUGUCACAGGCACUGGUUUAACAGCACUUGCUACUCGGUGCAAGAGACUUGCUGAAUUGGAUUUGAAAGACUGUGCUAACAUUGAUGAUUCAGGUUUCAUGGCUCUUGCUUAUUACUCUAGGAAUUUGCAACAGAUUAAUCUGAGUCAUUGUUCAAUCUCGGAUGUGGGUCUGUGCAUGGUGAUGGGGAACUUGACACGCUUGCAGGAUGCUAAGCUUGUAAACCUUUAUAACGUUUCAACCAAUGGCUUUGAGGUUGCUCUUCGGGCUUCCUGUGUUCGGCUGAAAAAAGUUAAGUUGAUUGCCUCCAUGAGACUACAACUUACGCCGGACAUAGUUCAGACAUUGAGGGCUAGAGGUUGCAGGAUUAGGUGGGAUUAAGGUACAAUACUCAGCAGUACAUGACAAUAUAUGUUUGCAAUGCCCCCACUUAAUUACAUGAAUGAGGUUCUAUCGAUGCAUUUGUGCUGUUGAACCUAAAACUUCUCCCAUUACAUCAGUAAGUAGAAAUUUUCCAUCAUGUUGUUUGUAAGUCCAUUAAGAGUUUUGCGCGGUUUUUGACUCUUCAUCUGUGUCGAUUCAUUGUGUAAACUUCAUAUGUACCCUUUUGCCAUUUUGCGCGCUUGCUUGUUGUCUG